AUGUCUUUAGAUCAUAAAAAUUCCAUUCAGUCACAACUCGAAGAUAAUAAUAGUAUUUAGGAUUUUUAAUACUCUGGAGAGUAGACAUACUUUUUGGAUACAGAAACCCUAGUUUAGUAAGACUCUGUAAAGCUAAACAAAGUCAGAGAAAGUGUAGCUCAGCAGUACUUUUAAAGAGGAAAAUACUCAAAUUUCACUUGGAUUGGUGAUCCCAGAAAACAAGAGGAGAGUAAAGAACUCGCCUAAAUAUCACAAUUUGGCUUUAUUUUUUGUUUGUAUUCUCAUACACUGUCAAUGGCAAUUUUCAGUCUUCCUUGUGCUUACCUUAUUGAAAAGAUUGGAGUAAAUAAAAGUAUGACUCUUGCAAUAGGUCUAAACUCGAUUGGGUUGUGGUUUGGCUAUUUAGAAUUCUAUACUAUAGGAUUAUUUAUUGCUUAAAUAAGUCAACCUAUCAGUGGGAAUCUUAUAACUAAAAUAAGUGCAUUAUGGUUCGGUCCUAAAGGUAGAGUUCUUGUCAUUACUGGAAGUGUAAUCUGCUAAACUAUUCCAUUAAUGAUGAUUGAUAAGAGAUUAGAUUCUUAUCUCGGACCAUAUGGUUUAAUGUCGCUAGCUAUAAUUUGUGCUGUCUUAGUCCCAAUAACACUCAUUUUGUUUUAUGAUAAACCUGAUUUCGCUCCAACUAUCAGUGAAGAAGCAAAAGAGGAUAGAACGGUAUGCUUUAAGGAGGAUUUAGCAAGUAUUUUAUCAAAUAAGUCUUUUCUCUCUUUGGCCAUUGCAUCCAUAUUUCUCUUAGUUAAUAUAAGAUUUUUCAACCAAGUCAUCAGGAGAUUUUUCAUGACUAGUUUUGGCAUUGGAAAAGAAUUAACUUAUAUGAAACAAUUAAUAUAUCUAAGCAUGCUAUCAGUAUUUUUACUUUAAACACUGGCCAUUAUUCUUUAAAACAACCCUCUAUUGGUAAUUACUAAUAUAUAUGAUGCACUGUUCAGAGGUGGAAUGAUGGUAAUCAUCUAUGAAAUAAGUGCUGAAUUUUGCUAUCCCUACAGUGAAGUCAUUGCUAUUGCAUUCAUCAAUUCAAUUUCAUGUUUCAUCUAAUGGGUAAUGAUGUUUACAGUUGGAAUGUUUGCUUUUCCAACGAAUAAAUUAGAAACUGAAAUAAGACAAACUUACAUUAUCUACCUAGCAUUAUUUGCGAUAAUGACUAUAUUGCAGCAUGUUUUGAUUAGAAAAGCAAAUUGGAUUUAAAAGAGAUACAAAGCUGACUCAAGUAAGAUUUCAAAAUAGAAUUAUGAACAGACAAUAUUUUACAGUACAACUAGAAGUACUGAGGGCAUUGAUUCAUCUGCAAUACUUACAACGAGAUGA